AUCACAAUCACGAUCCUCUCCUGCACAACACUGACAUAUCCGCCUUCUGUAAUUGCUUUCCCCAAGUUUCAGUUCAGGUCUAUAUAUCUGAUGGUCUUCCGCCCGAUCACCCACGUUCCGGUCUAUACGCUAAAAAAUUGCUUUUCUUCAAUAGGUUUUUGUUCAAGCAGGCCUUGCGUGAGCUGUUGAAUUCACUUAAAGAGGAAAAGGGACCGUUCCAGCUCCCAACGUGCGUAAUAGCAGAUGGUAAUAUGUGUUUUGCCAUUGAUGUUGCUGAAGAGUUUGAAAUUCCUACUAUUACUUUUCGAACUUACAGUGCUCAUUGCUUGUGGAUUUACUUCCAUCUUUCCAAGCUUGUUGAAGAAGGGGAAGUUCCAUUUGGAGAUGAAAACCUUGACAAGCCUAUUUCUUGCAUUCCUGGGCUAGAAAAUAUUAUUCGUCGGAGAGAUCUUCCAGGCAUUUGUAGAUUUGAAAAAGCCGAUGACCCUAUAUUGCAGUUCUUCAUUAGAGAAACCUCUGCCUUCUCGAGCUUCUGGUCUUAUACUUUAAAUGAAAUUGAAGCCCCUAUGAUAACUAGACUGGGUUCUUUCUUCAACAUAAUUUACGCCAUUGGUCCUCAACAUGCUUUCAAGUCACGCAUCAAUAACUCUUCACCUUCAACUUCAUCCAAUGGUAUUUUAUGGGAAGAGGACAAAAAAUGUUUGACGCGGCUUGAUUCUCAACCGACAAGCUCAGUAUUAUAUGUUGGUUUUGGGAGUAUGAUAAGGCUCACUCGGGACCAAAUCUUGGAAUUCUGGCAUGGCUUAUUUAAGAGUGAAAAAUCAUUCUUAUGGGUCAUACGACCUGAUUUGAUUGGUGAUAUCAUAUUCUAUGGAGCUGGAAAAGGGCACCAAGGAAAGAGGGUUCAUCGUUAG